AUGGCCAUUGCUGCACGCCACAAGACCGCGUUGCGGGAUUACGUGGACGCUAUUGGGUGCUUCAUAGACUGCGCCACGCUUGGCUUUAGAUGGUCCAGCGCCCUGUCACUUGGCAUCCAUCAUCUUCAUCUCCCAACACGGGGGGACGUCAAGGGUCUUCCCCGAGUCACAGGUUUGUAUCAGCAACUCCCACGCAUUACUCUUAAUUGA